AUGAGCGAAGCCAGAACAAUUCUGGGAGCUCUUAAAGACUCUGUGACCACUAGGUUUGCGCAGUCACUCAAAGCAGAUAGUUUAGUUCCUAGUGUCACCAAAGCCAUCGAGCUCAACGACAACGGAGAGGAAAACGAGCUUCGAAAAUGCUUCCACACUCCAAGAAUGGUUUCUGCAGGUGCCCACUUCGCAUAUACUGUGCCCGAACAGCGUCCUCAUUACAAACCUUUGCUUACGUCGCAGAAGGCCUUGGCUGAUCUCAACUUGAUUAUGGAUACAGAGCUCAUGGACUUGGUCAAUGGUGCCAAAACCCAUGUUGACGAUCGCAGGGAAAUUUUCCCGUACAGCAUGGCAUACGCGGGGUUCCAGUUUGGGCAAUUCGCAGGUCAGCUUGGUGACGGUCGUGUUGUGAACAUUUUCGACCUCCCAGACAAAAAUAACGUCUCACAGACAUUUCAGCUCAAGGGUGCCGGAAUGACGCCUUUCUCGCGUUUUGCUGACGGUAAAGCAGUUCUGAGAUCCAGCAUUCGCGAGUUCGUCGUUUCCGAAGCACUUCAUUACAUUGGAAUCCCGUCGACUAGGGCGCUCCAGCUUACCAGCCUACCAAAAACUAAUGCCAUGCGUUCUGCUUAUGAGCCCUGUGCUGUUUACUGUAGAUUUGCUCCAACUUGGGUCCGCCUGGGAAAUUUCGAUCUUUGUCGCUACCGACAAGAUCAUAAGAGCUUGGUGCAAUUGGCAGAUUUUUGCAUUCGUGACGUUUUCAAGAAUGGAGCAGAGUUUCCGACAGAAGUUGAUCCAGAAGCGUUUAAGCACGAUUACUUCCCCGACGAAGAUGAGAAAUUCUCGUCAUCGGACAAGCCAAACCUCUCUAGUCUUCAAGAUGCAACCAAGUAUGAGCUCUUUUUCCGCCAUGUGGUGAACUUGAAUGCAGAGGCCGUCGCCUACUGGCAAUCGUACGGGUUUUUGAAUGGAGUCCUCAAUACAGACAAUACUUCGAUUAUGGGCUUGGCCAUGGACUUUGGGCCUUUUAGCUUUCUGGAUAAAUUCCAGCCACAAUACACGCCCAAUCAUGAUGACGUGGAGCUGCGUUACUCGUUCAAAAACCAACCAACAGCAGUAUGGUGGAAUUUGACUAAGUUCGCACAAGCGCUAACUACAUUGAUUGGCGCAGGACCAAAACAUAUUGACAAUAUUGUUGCCAACGGCCUUGAAGCGAUAAGCUAUGAAGCUGAACAGGACAUCGUUGACAGAGCUAAUGCGGUCAUAUUCUCAGCUGGCAAUGAGUAUAAAUUCAGGUUCACAGUUAACUACGCCCGAAUCAUGUCUCAGAGGUUGGGUCUUGAUCUGGGGAUACCGCGCUACAUAACAGACAAAAACUUGAAACAAACAGCCGAGAAAGCUGAAGAGUUCAACAAAGCAAUUUUGGAACCUCUGCUGCACAUCCUGUACGUCACACAAACCGAUUACAACAAUUUCUUCGUUAUGUUUCAAGGCUACCAAGGUGACUUCAAGACCGGAGAAGGGAAAGGUUUCCAAACCAUUGACCCAGAACUUCUGAAGGUUUUUUUCACUGAUGUACAAGUGUUGAAACUAAACAAGCACGCUUCUGGGACUCCAGACUCUGACUCGGGGGAAACUAGGUUACUAGUUGAAUGUGCCGAAACGCUUGAAUCUUGGAUUCACGACUACACAACUUUAAUGCCACUCGAACAAAGUGUCAGGUUUAACUUGGCCAAGCAGGUUAACCCGCUAUUCACCCCGAGAGCGUACAUUUUUGAACAAGUCAUCAACAGCAUCACUGAGCAGCAGAAAGCGAAGCUGCAUGAUCCAGACGCUGAAAUCGAUAUCUCGUACCUGCAAAAGCUCUACAACAUGAGUGUUAACCCGUACGAUCCAGAAAAAUGGGACGACAACUUACAUCCAGAAGUGGUCGCUGAUUGGACCACCCAUGGCGAUGACGACACUAAGUUUAUGAAACAACUCACAUGCUCAAGUUAA